AUGGCCACAGCUGCUGCUGUUGUUGGGCUUAGUAGUACGGGGAAGCGUCUCUUAAGUUCUUCCUUGUCUUAUUCAGAUAUCACAGAUAAGCUCUUUUAUCUCAAUGAUCACGGCUUCGUAAAUUGUCAAUUGUCUUCAACCAAGAAUGUUGUCACUGCCAGAAAGUCAUCUUCCAAAUACAGUAAUUCCAGAUUUCCAUCGUCUAAUAGACAUCAUGAACAGUCCAUCAGGGCAUUGCAAGAGCAUGCAGAUACUGCCUCUGCUCCUUCAUCAACCACACAUCAAUUGCUUGAGGAAUACACCGACUUGGAAGAGGAAAGCUCCGAUCUUGAAUAUUCAGUGGAGGCCCUUCUUCUGCUACAGAAGUCUUUGCUGGAAAAGCAGUGGAAUCUUUCCUUUGAGAAAAAACUGUCGACUAGAAAAAUAACUGAUAACAAGAUACCUGUAACUUGUUCUGGUGUCUCUGCUCGGCAGAGGAGGAUGAGUACUAAGAGGAAAGCUUUCAGCAAAAAUACUUCUGAGUUACAACCUAGCACCAAUAAGUAUUGCAGAGCAACUAUUAGUCCGUCGCUGCUGCAGAAUCGUACAAGCGGUUAUGUGAAGGGUGUUACGAGUGAUCAUUUGCUGACUCACACUGAGGUCGUACGGUUAUCAAAGAAAAUCAAAAUCGGGCUUUCAGUGGAGGAGCAUAAAUCAAGAUUGAAGGAGAAAUUGGGUUGUGAGCCGUCUGUUGAACAACUCGCAACUUCACUGAGGAUAUCCCGCACUGAACUACAGUCAAAGUUAAUCCAAUGUUCUUUGGCAAGAGAGAAGCUGACAAUGAGCAAUGUUCGUCUGGUCAUGUCCAUUGCUCAAAGAUAUGAUAACAUGGGUGCUGAAAUGGCUGACCUUAUCCAGGGUGGCUUAAUUGGACUACUACGCGGGAUUGAAAAAUUUGAUGCAUCAAAGGGGUUCAAAAUUUCUACUUAUGUUUACUGGUGGAUACGUCAGGGUGUUUCAAGAGCACUGGUUGAAAAUUCCAGAACCUUAAGACUGCCUACACAUUUGCAUGAGAGGUUAGGGUUAAUCAGAAAUGCAAAAGUUAGAUUGGAAGAGAAAGGAAUAACUCCAUCUAUUGAUAGUAUCGCAGAGAGCCUGAAUAUGUCCAAAAAGAAAGUUAGAAAUGCUACUGAGGCAAUCAGUAAAGUUUUUUCGCUUGAUAGAGAUGCAUUCCCCUCUUUGAAUGGCCUUCCAGGAGAAACUCAUCAUAGUUAUAUUGCUGAUAAUCGCCACGAGAACAUCCCAUGGCAUGGGUUGGAUGAGUUGGCACUCAAGGAUGAAGUAAACAAGCUCAUAAAUUUGAUGCUUGGGGAGCGGGAGCGUGAGAUCAUACGGCUUUACUAUGGCCUGGAUAAUGAAUGUCUUACAUGGGAGGACAUUAGCAAACGGAUAGGAUUGUCCAGAGAAAGAGUUAGGCAAGUCGGACUGGUUGCUCUAGAGAAACUGAAACAUGGUGCGAGGAAAAAAGAGUUGGAGGCCAUGCUCGUCCAACAUUAAUUUGUCUGCAUCAUUUUAGACACCAAAGAAUGACAGUAUAUAUACAGAAAAGGACAAUAAAUGUGCCUUCAAAUCUUCAGCUUGUUUUCAGGUUUAGUAUAGAAGAUUAUAGGGUCCAUGACCCUAAACGUUCUGUAACAAGACCAGAAAACACUCACUAAGAAUUCGUCGGUGCCCAUAGCUUGUUGUUAUAUAUUUAUUUGUAUUUAUUUUCCGAGAAAACAUUAGUGCCACUCGGAUAUCUUUAGUUAUGAGCUGAUAAGGUGAAGCAAAUAAUUUUCCAUGGACUAUGCAAAGC